UUGGUGGUGCCGGAUACUGCCAGACACAGGCGGUGUGUGGGAUACCCGGCAGGUACUCGCUUUCUUAUUGUGUUCGUGUCUCAGCUCACCAGGUUCUUUCUUUAAAAAAAAGAAAAAGAAAAAAUGGAGGGGAAGUGGGGUGUCUUCAGAAAGAGUAGUUUCUCCACUUCCCAGUUACAAGUCUGAGACUUUUUUACCAGCAAGGCGCAUUUCCCUUGCACUUUAUUAUCCCGGUCAAACUUGUCACCCUGCUCCCAGACGUCUCGCCCUUUUAUUUGAAUAUAGUUAACUGUCCUUUGGCAUAAUUCCAGCUUCCGAGUCAUCUCUCCCUUCUUUAGUGGGUCCUAUCCAGCCUCUAGUUUCCUGCCCCAACGGAGACCACAUCUUUACUGCUGCAGCCGGAGGAAUGGAGCUUGAGAGCGCGAAGGAAACACCGCGGGAAGGCUCGUCCUUGCCUGGCGAGUGGUCUCUCUCUGCCCUCGAACAGAAUUUCUCCAAGAUUUUGCACCGCCUUACCGGCCAGGAGGCACGACAAAGCAACUCAAGAGAUGUCGCUCUUAAAGACCUCCGUGCUCUAAUAGAAGCCACAGAAUGUAACAGAUUAUUUGAGGGGAGUGGCGAACCGCACCGUGGAAUACCUGAACUACUGGGGCAGGUGGCAAAAGCUCUGGGAAAGUACGCAGCCCCAUACAAAGAAGAGGAAGGUGGAAGUGAUGGUCACUCUGAAGUAGCUGAGAAAGCAGCAGAAGUUGGGUUACUCUUUCUUAAACUGUUGGGGAAAGUCGAGACUGCCAAGAAUUCUCUUGACUGCCCUGCAUGGGAGACAGGCCUACGUCACUUGGCAGGACCCAUCUAUAUUUUUGUUAUCACACACUGCUUGGAGAAACCAUGGACCAGCCCAAAAUCUCAGGAGGUUGCUGGAGAGGUGCUCUCCUUAUUACUUCGAGUUACUGGAUGCAGUUCUGAGGCAGGAUUCUUACGCGGAGAAAAUGAAGAUGAGAAAGGGAAAUUUAUUGUGGUAAUGGGGCUACUCAAACCCGAUUUGAAUAAGGAAACCUGGAAAAAUAACCCUGCUGCCAAACAUGUUUUCUCAUGGAUUCUGCAACAGGUCACUCGACCCUGGCUAUACCAACACCUAGAAAGGAUACUUCCCCCAUCAUUGCUCAUCUCAGAUGAUUAUCAAACUGAGAACAAAAUCCUGGGUGUACGCUGCCUUCAUCACAUUGUGCUUAAUGUGCCAGCUGCUGAUUUGCUCCAGUUUAACAGAGCCCAGGUCAUAUACCAUGCCAUUUUCAACCACCUGUACAUGCCAGAACACAACCUCAUUCAGGCUGUGCUCCUAUGUCUCUUGGAUUUAUUCCCCAUCCUGGAGAAAACCAUGCACUGGAAGGGAGAUGGAGCUCGCACCACCACACACUGUGAUGAGGUACUGCGGCUGAUCCUAACCCAUAUGGAACCAGAGCAUCGCCUUCUCUUACGUAGGACUUAUGCAAGAAACCUACCAGCUUUUGUGAAGAGGUUGGGGAUCCUAACUGUCCGGCACUUGAAGAGGCUGGAGCGGGUCAUCAUUAGUUAUCUGGAGGUUUAUGACGGACCAGAAGAGGAGGCUAGAUUGAAAAUAUUAGAAACCCUAAAACUUCUCAUGCAGUAUACUUGGCCCAGAAUUUCUUGCAGACUUGUGGUCUUACUGAAGGCUAUCUUGAAACUUAUAUGUGAUGUAGCAAGGGACCCAACACUUACACCUGAGCCUGUUAAGAACACCUUGCUACAGGAGGCCACAGACUGCCUGAUUCUCUUAGAUCACUGUUCUCAAGGACAAGUAAAGGGUCUCUUGGCCAAAAUUCUCCUAAGCUGUGAAGACAGAACGGUGGUGAGCUGUAUCAGAAAAGUGCAACAGGUUCCUGAAGGCACUCCCUACCAUGGAACUUAAGAGUGCUCUUUAAAAGGAAAGAAUUUUCUUUCCAUUCCAGAUUGUAUGAAUGGAGYUGUGGGAAA